GAUCAUUAUACAGAGUCAUUUCACUAAUAAUUCUGAAUUCUUCUCCUUUUCAUGCUGAAGGAGUCAUGAGGGAAGACAAUCAGUCCUCUACCCUGAAUUUCAUUCUCCUGGGAAUUACCAGUCAACAGGAGCAGGAAUGUGUUGUCUUCAUUCUCUUCCUAUUUAUUUAUCCCAUCACACUGCUUGGAAAUUUGCUCAUCAUCUUGACCAUUCUUUCCGACGUUCAUCUUCACAACCCCAUGUACUUUUUCCUUGCCAACCUCUCCUUUGUUGACAUCCUUUUCUCAUCUGUAACCAUCCCUAAGAUGCUGGCAAACCACCUUGUGGGCAGCAAAGCCAUCUCCUUUGGAAGAUGCUUAACACAGAUGUAUUUCAUGAUUGCUUUGGGUAACACAGAUAGCUAUAUCUUGGCUGCGAUGGCAUAUGAUCGUUCUGUAGCCAUCAGCCGACCUCUCCAUUAUACAACAAUUAUGAGCCCGAAGUUUUGCAUCCUGCUUGUUGUUGGGUCUUGGGUGAUUGCAAAUGCCAAUGCCCUCCCCCACACUCUGCUCACAGCUAGUCUGUCCUUCCGUGGGAACCAGGAAGUGGCCAACUUCUACUGUGACAUUACACCUUUGCUCAAAUUGUCCUGUUCAGAUACCCACUUGAAUGUAAAAAUGAUGUACCUAGGAGUUGGUGUUUUCUGUGUGCCAUUAAUAUGCAUCACUAUCUCCUAUAUCCGGGUCUCCUCCACUGUCCUACAGGUUCCAUCCACCAAGGGUGUGCUCAAAGCUUUCUCCACCUGUGGCUCCCACCUCACAGUUGUUUCUUUGUACUAUGGGACGGUCAUGGGCACGUAUUUCCGUCCUCUAACCAGCUACAGUCUGAAGGAUGCAGUGAUAACUGUGAUGUACGUGGCAGUGACCCCAAUGUUAAAUCCUUUCAUCUACAGUCUGAGAAACCGGGACAUGAAGGGUGCCUUAGGGAAACUCUUCAGCAAGAGAAUUUCCUCAUAA